AUGUCAAGGGAUUACCAAUUAGAAAAUUUAUCUAAGUUGGAUAGCGGUUUAGAUUAUGGUGGUGAAAUUAAUAAUAAUAAUAAUAAUAACAAUAGAAACAAUGAAACGGAAGGAGAUAUUACCGUUUCAAGCGGUUUGAAUAAUUUUAAUAGAGUUGCUGAUGAGCUGGAGCAAGAGUAUAGAGAAUAUAUUCAUCAAGAGUUGGCAAUUAAUGAUAUCGAGUCAGCAAAAUAUGAAGAAACUGAUGAAGAUUUCAAACUAAGAGAAUUUUUUGAAAACUCUCAGCGUAUGGCAAUUGAAAAUGGGGGUAAACCUAAAAAGAUGGGUGUCACUUUUAAAAACCUCACAGUGGAUGGCAAAGGGGCAGAUUUAUCAGUUAUCACUGAUUUAUCAACACCAUUUAUUGAUUUCUUUUCACUUUUCAAUCCUAAAAAUUGGAAUAAAUCAAAUUCAUCAACAUUCGAUAUUUUGCAUGAUGUAACUGGGUUCUGUAAAGAUGGAGAAAUGUUAUUGGUAUUGGGUAGACCAGGCUCUGGUUGCAGUACUUUGCUUCGUGUACUUUGUAAUAUGAGAAGCUCUUAUGUUAAAGUAGAUGGACAGGUCAACUAUGGUGGUAUUCCAGCAUCUGAAUGGGGUCGAUAUAAAGGUGAAGCCAUUUAUAUUCCAGAGGAAGAUUCUCAUUACCCAACUCUUACUGUCCGGGAAACUCUUAAUUUCGCACUCAAGUGUAAGACUCCAUCAAACCGUUUGCCCGAAGAAAAGAAACGUACUUUUAGAGGUAAAAUCUUUAAUUUACUUUUAUCAAUGUUUGGUAUUAUUCAUCAAGCCGAUACUAUUGUAGGUAAUGAAUUUGUACGUGGUUUAAGUGGAGGUGAAAGAAAGAGAAUUACAAUUGCAGAAUCUAUGGUUGCAGCAUCAUCAAUUAAUUGUUAUGAUUGCUCAACUAGAGGUCUAGAUGCUGCAUCUGCUUUUGACUAUGCUAAAUCUAUUCGUAUUAUGUCAGAUUCAUUGCAUAAAACCACCUUAGCAUCAUUUUAUCAGGCAUCAGAUUCUAUUUAUAAUUUAUUUGACAAGGUUUUGAUUUUAGAAAAAGGUCGUUGUAUUUAUUUUGGCCCAACAAAUAAAGCUAAACAAUAUUUUUUAGAUUUAGGAUUUUAUUGCGAACCAAGAAAAUCAACACCAGAUUUCUUAACAGGUGUAACUAAUCCACAAGAAAGAAAAGUCCGUCCAGGUUAUGAGAGCCAAGUACCAGAAACCUCAGCUGACUUUGAAAGCGCAUGGAAAGGCUCAGAGUUACACCAGCAACAAAUGAAAGAGCUUGAAGAGUAUGAAAAGAAAAUAGAGCAAGACCAACCAAAGAAAGAUUUUAUUCAAGAAGUCCGUUCUCAAAAGAGUAAAACUACAACUAAAAGAUCUGCCUAUACCACUGGUUUCUUUGCUCAGGUAAUUGCUCUAACAAUUCGUAAUUAUCAAAUUAUUUGGGGUGAUAAGUUUUCAUUAGCUUCUCGUUACUUUUCAACCAUUUUCCAAGCUAUUUUGUAUGGUACCUUUUUCUAUAAAAUGCCAUUGGACACUUUAGAUGGUGUUUAUAAUAGGGGAGGUGCUCUCUUUUGUACUAUCAUUUUCAAUGCAUUAAUUGCAGAACAAGAAUUACCAAUCACUUUUCAAGGCCGUCGUAUUAUACAAAAGCAACGUUCUUAUGCAAUGUAUAGACCCUCUGCACUCCAUAUUGCUCAAGUUGCCGCAGAUUUCCCAGUUAUAUUUAUUCAAGUGUUCCUAUUUUCCUUUAUCGUUUACUUUAUGUUUGGUUUAGAUUAUGAUGCUUCAAAGUUUAUCAUUUUUGCAUUUAUUCUAUUGGGUUUUGCCUUGGCCACAAAUAAUCUCUAUCGUUUAUGGGGAAAUUUCACACCAUCGGUAUAUAUAGCUCAAAGUAUUAUGAACGUUAUUAUUGUGGCACAGUUUUCAAUUUGCGGUUAUUUAAUUCCAUUUAACAAACUUCACAGUUGGGUAAAAUGGUACUAUUGGAUCAAUCCAUACACAUAUACCUUCGAAUCUUUAAUGCAGAACGAAUUUUAUGGAUUAAAGGUUGAUUGCUCUUCAGAAAUGAUACCAUAUAGUAACGAUCCAAAUUCAACAGUCUACAAUGAUGUAAAUUAUAGAGUAUGCCCAACUUCUGCUGCCACACCCGGCCAAACUACUUUUACAGGUGAAUCCUAUCUCAAAAAUGUUAUCAACAUUCAAAACAGUCUCGCUCUAAAUGUUUGUGUAGUCUAUGUUUUCGUAUUCCUUUAUAUUAUUGUAAACUGUUUUAUAAUGGAACAUUUUGAUAUGGCAAAUGGUGGUUUUACAUCCAAGGUUUAUAAACGUGGAAAGGCUCCAAAAAUUAAUGAUGUAGAAGAAGAAAAAAGACAAAAUGAACUAGUUGCAAAUGCCACCAGUAAUAUGAAAGAAACUCUUAAAAUGCCAGGUGGUAUUUUUACAUGGCAAAGCAUUAACUAUGAUGUUCCAAUUUCAGGAGGUACCAGAAAGCUCUUGCUAGAUAAUGUUGAAGGUUGGAUCAAACCAGGUCAAAUGACUGCAUUGAUGGGAUCAUCAGGUGCUGGAAAAACUACUCUACUUGAUGUUUUAGCUAAAAGAAAAACUAUUGGUCAAGUAAGAGGUAAAUGUUUCUUAAAUGGCAAGGCUUUACAAAUCGACUUUGAACGUAUUACCGGCUAUGUUGAACAAAUGGAUGUCCAUAACCCAUGCUUGACUGUACGUGAAGCUCUUAGAUUCUCUGCCAAAUUACGUCAAGAACCCAAUAUACCAAUAGAAGAAAAAUAUGCCUACGUCGAACAGGUUUUAGAAAUGAUGGAAAUGAAACAUUUAGGUGAUGCUUUAAUAGGAGAUUUAGAUACCGGUAUUGGUCUUUCAGUUGAAGAAAGAAAACGUUUAACUAUUGGUGUUGAAUUAGUAGCCAAACCCCACAUUCUCUUCCUUGAUGAACCAACAUCUGGUUUAGAUGCUCAAUCAUCAUACAAUAUUAUUAAAUUUAUUCGUAAACUUGCAGAUGCUGGAAUGCCAUUGGUUUGUACUAUCCAUCAACCAUCGAGUGUAUUAUUUGAACACUUUGACCGUAUUUUACUCUUAGCUAAAGGUGGUAAAACUGUUUACUUUGGUGAUAUUGGCGAUAAAUCGAGUGUUCUUCUGUCAUAUUUCGAACGUAAUGGUUGCCGUAAAUGUAGUGAUAUUGAAAACCCAGCCGAAUAUAUGUUGGAGUGUAUUGGUGCAGGUGUGCAUGGUAGAACCGAUAAAAACUGGCCAGAAAUUUGGAAAGACUCUGCAGAAUAUAGAGAAGUUGAAAAUGAAUUGCUAUCGCUAGAAGCCUCUGGCCCAAUAAAAACCGGUGUAGAUAAUGGAGAGCCACGUGAGUUUGCUACACCUUUAUGGUAUCAAACUUUAGAAGUAUACAAACGUCUCAAUUUAAUCUGGUGGCGUGAUGCACCAUACACAUAUGGUACUUUAGUCCAAUGUAUUCUAGUUGGUUUGCUCUCGGGUUUCAUCUUUAUGAAUCUUAAAGAAUCAUCUUCAGAUAUGAUUCAACGUAUCUUCUUUUCAUUCGAAGCUAUUUUCACUGGUAUUCUAUUUAUGUACUUGGUGUUACCACAAUUUAUUACCCAAAAAGAAUUCUUUAAGCGUGACUAUGCUAGCAAGUUUUACUCAUGGCUCCCAUUUGCAAUUGGUAUUACAGUUGUAGAGUUACCAUUUGUUCUUUUCUCUGGUACAAUUUUCUUUUUCUGCUCCUACUACACUGCUGGAUUGGACUACUCUCAUAGCAACAACUUUUAUUUCUGGUUCAUAUUUAUCAUCUUUUUAUUCUUUUGUGUUUCAUUUGGACAAGCUGUAGGAGCUGUUUGUUUCAACUUAACUUUUGCACUCAAUGUUAUGCCAAUUGUCAUUGUUUUCUUCUUCCUCUUUUGUGGUAUUUUAAUCAGACCAUCCGAAAUCCCAUGGUUUUACCGUUCUUGGAUGGUGUAUCUCAACCCAUGCAACUAUUUACUUGAAGGCUUUGUUACCAAUGCAUUAAAUCAUAUCGAUAUUAGAUGUUCAUUGGACGACAUUGUUAAAUUUAUUAAACCAUCAAAUUUCAACACAUGCGAAGAAUAUGCCUAUGAUUUCAUCAAUUCAACUAUCACUGCAGCUCCAGGCUAUGUCAAAACUUUAGAAUCAGGUGAAUGUGGCUAUUGCUCCUAUAAAUCUGGUAAAGAAUAUGUUGAAGGUUAUUUAGGCUGGUCAAAUGAUAACAAAUGGCGUAACUUUGGUAUUGUCACCUCAUUCUUUAUUUUUAAUACUCUUUUAGUAAUUAUAUUUGUAUACAUUGCAAGAAAAGGAAAAAGAUAA